AUGGAGUAUUUCUCUGGGACGAUCCACAUUAAAGUGAUUGAGGCGACUGACUUGAAAGCUACGGCCUGUGCCACGCGCCACGCCCUUGGUCCAGCCGCGAGACUCUACGAACUCCUCGAUCCCUACGUCACCAUUGAGGUUGACGACCUGGCUAUUGCCAAAACCUCCACCAGGACUAAAACCAACUCUCCUCGUUGGAAAGAGGAUGUGAAGGCGGAGGUUUCCUCGGCCCAGCGCCUCACUUUCACUGUCUAUCAUGAUGCCGCCAUUCCUCCAGAUGACUUUGUUGCCAUCGGUGAACUCCUUAUGCGUAAUGUUCGAUCUGGAAAUGAAUUCUGGUUUGAUUUGGAACCGCAAGGUCGGCUCAAACUUCAGAUUGAUCUCAUUGGCACGCGGACGGAUGAGCCUCCAAAGCUGGCGUUCGAUAAAGACAAUUCACUGGCUAGUGGUGGUGUUUUACAUGCCAAGCAUUAUCGUGCGGGUGCUUUGCGUAGACGGAUUCAUCAAGCUAAAGGGCACAAAUUUCAGGUCACCAUUUUGAAGCAAUUCACCUUCUGCUCGCUUUGCAACGACUUCAUUUGGGGGUUAUGGAAUCAGGCCUAUCAAUGCCAAGUAUGUACUUGCGUGGUCCACAAGAGAUGCUAUCAGAACGUCAUUAUUCAAUGUCCCGGUGUCAAGGCACCACCGACAGGCCCCAACGCAGUUUUACAAGUAGAUUUCCUUCUUCAAUUUAUUUCCACAUUUAUUUUUUCCCUUCAAUUUAUGUUUAUGCUUCUAGUGUCCUUUAUAAUCAUUUUUGAUUUUCGCAUGUGUAGGCAAUUGAGGUCGUUUAAAGGAAUUGUGCAGAAAACACAACUUCUGGAAGAACCUUCACGAACGAAGGAAGCCGUGAUUUAUUACAGCCUAAUGGAGAACCGUUUCAACAUAAAUGUGCCACACAAGUUCCGAGUGCAUACUUAUAUGUUUCCCACCUUCUGUGAGCACUGCGGAUCUAUUCUCUUUGGAAUUAUGCGUCAGGGCUUGCAGUGUGAAGUGUGCAAGGCGAAUAUCCAUAGACGGUGCGAGAAGAAUGUCGCCUCGCAUUGUGGGGUUAAGACCCGUAACCUCAUUACGGCGAUUCGAGAGUGUGGGCUCAAUCCCUCCGACUUGGGAUUGAGUGCCGAGGCGGUGGCUGCUGCCAGUGCUGCGGAGGCUGCGCGAUCUGCACCUACUCAACGCAACCUCAAGUCUGAGCUCUAUCCUUGGUAG